UACAGUUAUAUUAUUUUCUGCACACAGCCAGUAUUGAUUGGAUCCGCGGUAAAGUCCCACCACGCGAGGAGUACUCGCGUUCAGGAAUUCAGCCUUUGACAUGCUUGACAUUUCUGUGCAGGGAAAAUGACCAACGGGGACUAUUGUCACCCUUACCCGGGUACCGGACCUGACCAUCGUCCCACACAGUGAACCCCCUUCGUUGUGAGUAUAAAAUAUGCUCCAGCUGAUGAAUGACCAGCAGGUGCCUCGCUCAGCCAAUCGAUGACAUGGAUUCUUCCAGACGGAGAAUAUCGUCCAAUCAGACGAGAGUACGGACUUGCGGCUGGUGAGCAACACACGAUCUUGCGUCAAGGAUUGAUUCCGGCAAAUGACUUGAAAAGCCAAAAUCGGGGAAUAAUGGUUCACUUUUGGAAGCGACGUACAUCUUCGCAGCAUUGCGAAAAAAUGCCGCAUGGACGGCCGACUCAUUCUCCGUUACUGAAGCCUUUCAAUGCUUUAGCGACACCGGGGAUGUAUCUGUUUUCAAAAUACAACGAAUAUAAGCGACAACAACAGGAACAGCAAAAGCGCAAGGUUACUGAGAAAGAAUUGGAAAACCUUAACCAGAAAAUAGAUCGACUGCUGUCGAGGAUUGACGAUCGAGACUCCGACAACAACAUUACUGAAGAGGAGGAGUGUGUGAUAUGCCUCGGUGCCAAGGCAACAAUGCAAACCUACCCAUGCGGACACAAAGUGGUAUGCCGGAAGUGCUUCAUUAAGACAAUACAAGUGGCCGUCUCGCAAAGAAGUCUGCCACUUAGGUGCGUCAUCUGCCGUUCGCGCAUCCUUAAACUCCGGCAGGCGGCGCUUCCUCCGAUGCAGGUGGCAGCACCGAUUUCCGGUCGAUAUCUACCGAAAUCUCCCAGCAUUCGACACUUCCAGAAGUAGAAGUAUAUCCGGCCACCCUAAUAUGGGCAUACGAUAUCGUGAAGUAUUACACAGACUAGGGCCCAGUGCCCCAACGUAGAUUUAAGACCUCCGAGCCGGGUAGCCUUGGGAAGAUCUAGUACUCCUAUUCAAACUAGUGGACUCGUUAUUCAGCGAAGAAUUUGCAUGUUGUAGUGAAUGAAUAUCAAUCGCAGAGUCUAUGCUUUGGAAAGGAAUAUGGCAGCAGGAAUAUGCGCGAUCGAUGAUUGAAAGUCAGAUCAAGGAUUACAAUCCUGAACUUAAACCCACAAAUGGCUGGACAAAUCUUCACCGGGUCUCCCAUGGCCGUGUAUCCUCACCAAGAUGUGAAAAUCGGCCAGUACAGCGCCGAUUGGUACAGUGGUGACAACAAUCGGAUAUAACCGAACGUGCCAAUCUCGCAUCUCCGACACAUUCCGAUCGUGGCAGGCGUGACCAACGAAGAAGAUGAAGAGGAAGUUUGACUACCAGAACAAUUGCAUCGCAAAGUCAAGGUCACAUAGGAUCUUUGACCUAAUGUCAAGGUCACAGGUCAACAGUUUGUUUGACUGCAAGAAUAUGCAUAACAUGUCAUCUGUAAAAACUUCCAAAUGAGGGCGUCAUUGACAGGAAUAGAACUGAGUUCGAAAAUUAGAAUACAUUGCUAAAUAUCAUCAACUUUGGUAAAAUUAUUCCAGUCAAUGGAGCAAUGCCAAGUGUCGAAAGAUGUAAAGGAAAUACCGUGGCUAAUCGUUCUUUAAAUAUUUCAUAUUUUCCGAGGCAUUUUUAAUUCAUCCAUUUAAUAAUAACCAUUGAUCCGACCAAGUGAUAUCGCUGGCGAUGUUUCCUUCCUGUUUUAUAUGCAACGUAAACCGCGAGAUGAAGGAUAUCAUAUAUUUAUAGCACAGACUAUCGCAUAUUACUUGUAUGUGACGUUCACUUAAUUAUUAACAUGGCUGUUUUACACAGUUUUAAUAUGCCCUCCGUCAAAGGUUAAUUUAC